CAUUUCUCAAGAAAAGGAAACUUAAACCUCACAUCAUUCUAAAGCAAAUCCUGCCCAAGUCUCAACUCGUCGAUUUUGAAAUAAAUGACAUAAAAUGAAUGAUUCAUUCUGCUGUAGGUACAGUUUUCGAUUGACUAUAAGGAAGGGUAUGCAUGUAAAUCAUCUGUGACAGACAGUACAGGUUUUAUAAGAGGCGGGGCUUCCCUGGACUCACUCAGUCAGAAUAAAAACGAUGAACAGAAACAGUAAAGGAAGAUCUUCACACAUGCCUGAAAAAAUGGAACCACAAAAAGGCAAGAAAAGGAGGAGUGGGGCCAUCAAGGAUGAAGAAAAAACACAUUUUGAUGACAUGUGCCAUCAUCCAAAACUCCACUGUCAGAAUCAGUGUUGCUCCAAGGAUGGGAACAAGAGCAACAAAAGUGCACAGAGCAAAGCAAUGGGUUUGUCUUGUCAAAUGUUUAAAUGUUACCUUUUGUACUAUAUGUUUCACCUUUUGUACUAUAUGUUUUAUACUGUGUAACUGUUUCAAGGGUGGUUCCACAAUUGCUCUCUAGAAAUUGUGGGUUGAAUAUCCAAUUCAUAACACUUUAAAUCAAAAGAUGGGUUACUUCAAUCCAAUUUAUUUUUACUGGUAUAAUAUUAAAGAAAACGUGUGAUGUACAAAUUUAAUUGUCUAAUACCCAUUAUUAUUUUUUAAAUAUUAAAUAUAUUUUUUAAAAUAAUAUAUUAGUACAAAUAAAUAUAAAUGCAAUAUAAAGAAAUAUAAUAUAAUAAUAUAUUGAAUAUAUUUUAAAAUACAUAUUUUUUGAAAACAUGGAUCCAUCCACAAUUGAUGCAUUUGACAAACCCAAAAUAACCCAGUAUUACCGAUGGGUUAAUAAAACAACCAAGCAUUUUCUAGAGAGUUUUGUUUUUAGAGAAGUCUGUUUGGAUGGAGAUGGUGUAUUUCUGGCUGCGGAAUGUGAAACGAAAGUGAAAAAAUAAAAAUAAAAAUGAAUAAUAAUAAUAAUAAUAAUAAUAAUGAUAAUACUUUAAUUUGACAUCAUAAAAAGCCCAUAUACUAUUAAUGUAGUAAUGUGAACACACGUUCUUGGAAACAUUAGCAUUUUGGCAGCCAGAUAUACAGUAUAUUGUGCCUACAGAGAGACAUCAUUCUUUCGAAACAAUCAAUUACAAUACGGGAUUGAAAUGUAAAUAGGCUAGGUAAUUUAUCAGUUAAUUUAUGAAAAUUUCAAAUGAAGGUCUCUGAAUAAAAAUGAAGGAUUCUGAAUAAAUAGAGAUCGAAAUGCAAACUGAAAUGGCUUGAUAAGUAUUCAACCCACUCCUCCCAUAACCAGGUGAACAUAACACCUGACAUCUCAAAGUCGCGUUCCAUCCACCAGAAGGCUCAACAUUCCUUGGAACACAGUCAAGGCUCCUGCUUUUGAAAACUCCCUCCAAACUUCACAGCUAAGGUUGCAAUGACUGGAAAACUUCUUUGGAAAGUCACUGACAGCUUUGAAGAACUACAAAAUAUACAAAAUCCAACUACAUAAAUGUCUGAAGAAAAAAAGCAUUCUGAGCAAUCUUGCUUCUACAUUGUCUUGACCGAGGUGGCGAUAGGCCUAUAACUCAUCUCAGAAUCUCGUGAUGAACGCUGGCACUUUUUAUGCCUUUACAGCAGUGCUGACGAGUAUUGACUUAACGCUUACGUGAUCAUGGGCUGCCAGCAAUAGGACCAAUGAUGAUGAUGUGCUCUGAAGCAAAUCCUCAACAGUUUGCUAUGGAAGAUUCGCCAAGCUAAACAGGGAAUACGGUGAUGGAUAAACCUAACUGUCACCAAGGGGGUUGAUACUUAUCAAGUUAUAUUAAGAUGUAGAUGUGCAGUGCUUGAAGUGGGAUGGACUCCAAUAUACGGUACUGGCAAUAUUGUGCUAUGCAGUACCAAUAAUUAUUCUGGCAUAUCAGCAGCUCAGUACUCUCUCCUGUCCUGCGCGCGAAAGAUUCUCUCUAGCCCGACCGCGGACACUUAUAACUUCAAGCACUGGAUAUAUCGAUACGAGAAGGGUGAACUUUCUGGAGGUACUCUGUCCAAACUGUAAUACUUCUGUCUGUUGAGCCAGUAAUUCAAAUGGAACCACCUUUUGAACUACAAAUUAAUAAAAAACUACAACAAAAUGUCCAGAGUACGUUUUUUAACAAAAUUAAGCAUUUUUCUUUGGAUAUACGAACAGCAUCGGCCAUCUUGGUUACGCUGCACAAUCGUGAAAAGCGGUCCAAAGACGGGUCUACGCGCAGGAAAAAGGUUGCAACAAUGUAAGUGCAACCUUUGGUGUGAUAAGGCUCCAAUUAAGGUACCAAGGACAAUACACCUGUAUGUCAAUGUGUCAGGAGCCCAUGCUGCAAUGCAAUUAUGGUGGAUGAAGAUGGACUCACCAGUCAAAAAAACAAAAACUAUCGUAUCAUCUUAGAAGAUUUGAAACAUCUCUGAAAUAAGGCUCAGUACUCUUGUUAUUUGAUAACAAAUUUGGAGAAAUCAUGAAUUUUGGAAAAUUUGUAGCAAGCAACAUUAUGUCAAUACCCCACUUUAUACUGGAGGGCACACACCUUCUCAUCCCCUGCCUUGGUAUAGGCAAGAACAAGUUCACUAUUUUGUCAAGUGUUUGAACUACAAUAGAAGAAGAAUGCAGUGGGCAAAGGACUAGAUGAUUGCUUUCUGAAAAAACAAAGCUAAUCAACACUGUUCCAAUACAUUAUCAAGGAGAAGACCUGCAAGCAAUUUGAUCCCCACUAUAAUGCUUUAAUAUCACUGAAUGUGUUGUGUGAUAUGGAAUCUGACUGGAUAUAUCAGAUAUUUUGGAGGGAAGUUUUCUUUGUUACAUGAACAUCAAGACGAUGUCAACGAAUGGAUCAAUAGAUUUUGAUGCAAAUGCCUAAAACGGCCACAGCACAUGGCAUUUUCUUCAAGAUUUUUCUCAAAGGAAUGUUUUACCAGCAACAACGUUUGUUGCAAGCACUUUGGUAGAUGGUUACAUGUAUCCAAAAGCUUCCAUCCAAAAAUAUUUGGGACAUUUGGGAAUAUUUGGGACUCCUGUUUUUAAGAGAAGGAACUGAUGCCUUUUAAAAGUGUAUUAAUUAUGCACCUCAUUCAGUUUCUUUGAGGAAAUGUUCUGCUUCAGAUUUUCUUCCUUCGUGGAUUCAUCAUCAUUAACUAAAACAGGUAAACUGGACCACGUGGCAACAUGGGCUCAUGUUUCCAGUUUCUCUCUUUGUUCUUGUUCUCGUUCUGAAGAACAUGCAAUGAAGAAGACUUGUCGAGGACCACACCUGCCCAACCAUCCACAUCGCCUUCAGCAUCUCGCGCGUCAAACCAAAAAGAUCAAACAAAGAAGGCCAUUUAUAGGUAAGAAUAAUGUGCGAUUGCGACUGAUUCCUUUUUUCUUUUCUUUUUUUGAAUGCAUAUUUCAGAUCUUCACUAAUUGUCAAUAAUUUUUCAGCAUCAACAAGAAAACCUCCUCUGAAAAUGGAGUCCCAGUUGAAAACUCCUCUGCCAAAAGCCUAAAACACUCUGAUUCAGAAGAAGUGUGUUUUCCUGAGACCAACCUGAAUGCUGGGCCUUCAUCUGAGGAGGAUGACACAACCAAACAGAACAAAAGAGAUACUCACAAGAUCACAUCGCUGUCUCAUAAAGAGGAGCCAUGUUUCUCAUCUUUCAAGUCACCAAAGAGACCUUUACUUAACUGCUCACCUGAAGAAGAAACUUUCAUUGCGGGAAAUGGCAAAAGGAUAAGAAAAGGUGACUACAGUCAUCCUGAGGACUACGAAGGGCCUGAGAAAAGCUCAUGUUUGGAGGAAAGAGGGAACAAUCAGUCUAAUCGUGAGGGGACUGAAAGCAGGCCACAAGUUGUUCUGUCAUUCGAGCAAGAGGUUAUGAACAAAAAGAAGUUUUUGAACGAUACUCCUGAUACAGUUGAUCAAGGAUCAGAUAAUCAAAACUCCACUGCAAAAAUACCUGACCAACCGUUUGAAGUGCGUACAGCCUGGGAAGGGUGUGCGGUUCAGAAAAUUAAAAACAUUGCUGACAGAAGCAUCGAAGACUUAGACUUGAACAAUAACAAUGGUGCAACCAUCAAAAUAAUCAAUUUUUUCCACUAUGCCAAAAUAAUUAUUUUUCUACUUGAAUUUUGGUAUAAACAAAAAAAGCAUGAUAGACAAGAUAUCAUCUUUCUAGUUGCUGGAUUCUAUGUACAGUUGCAAGCAAGCGAUCUGUACUGUUGUCCAGUCAAUAAACAUGAGAAAGACGACAGAAAUCUUAAUUAUGCAACAAUGAAAACAUCAAAAAAGUUUACUAAAAAGUAUUCUGAGACAGUUUGGAACUACAUGGUAGGGAACCAUGACAAAGUUAAAUCUUAUGUACAAACCCCUGAAGAUGCCACUGCAAUAUGUGCCAUUUUGUUCUCGGAAGUGAUUCGGUAUCCUGACAUGUUUUUCCACAACAUCUUAAUGAUGUUGCAUUAUAAAUCAUGGGAUGAGUUUUGUGACUAUCAUCCAAUGGUAACCGGAGGAACAUGGAAACAUCAGGGAGAAGAUGUCCCAAAAAAGGUUGAAAAGAGAAAACAUCAAAACCUUUUGUUUUGUGCUAAGAAGAUAAUAAGGAAUGAGGGAAAAAGAGACACUCUAUUCCAAGUUAACUCCACAGUUUGAAGAAGCGCCUUGGAGAACAUCCUCAUGCCCUCAUGCUGAAUGCAAUUUUGUUUUUUCUCUGGUGUUGGAGAGUGGAUGUCAAGUGAGCCAACUGCAUUGGCUAGACUAAAAGAAAAAGUAAUAAUAAUGCGGUUUAGACUGCUUUACAGUCUAGCUAAAGUUAACCCUGUGUUAUGUUAUAGACUGAUUAACGCAGUUUGUUGUUGUAGUUUGUUAUUUUAGUUUGUUUUUUUUGGUGUGUCGGACGCGGGUAGACUGCUUUGCAGUUGAGCUGCAUGUGGGCGCACUGAAGAGGUUAGGGAAGUUUCUUUUUCUCUUUAGUUGUUUUCUUAAACAUUAUGAAAAUAAUUCUUGGUCUUGCAUUUGCAACCUCUGCAGUAUUGUGCCAAUCAAACACCAGUAAGGAAUUACUUUCUAAAUCUUAUUAUCAACUAUCGACCUUAACCAGAUUGAUUGCUGAAGGGAAAGUGGUGUUGGAUCUGAGAGUUCAACUAAUGAUCAUCAGGGUUUGAAUUCUCAGCCCUGUAAUAUUGUGAAUAUGGUUAAAUUCCUGCCUAAAUUUAAUGAGAAAAAUCCAGAUGUGUUUUUCUCUUUAUUUGAGAAAAUUUCUGAAGAAAGAGCAUGUGAUGAUCAAGAGGCUUAUAUUGCCCUAUCAAAACCAAAACGAAGAGAUUAUGUUCAGCAGUAAUGAUGUUGAAAUCAUGUGGUUUAAUCUGUUAACCCAAAAUUUGUCAAAAAUAGAAAAACAGAUUUGAGUUAUACUUGUAAUUACUGUCUUGAAAAAAAAUUAUUAAUUUAUUUAAAACAAAAAAUGUAUUUAUUUAUUUAUAAUAUUUCUAUUUUUAUAAUUGUAUACUAAACAUGUUUUACAUGUACAUUUUUACUGUUUCUUUAAUAAAUAUUAUUUUUUUA